CAUCGCCCAGCUCUGGAGCCAGCGCAGCCAAGCGGUGCCUCGCCUCACUUCACCUCAGCCUGCCUGGCCGCGCCUCGUGUCUUCGCCUCGCGUAGCCUCACCGGACGAGUCAUGCCGCGCCUGCCUGUUCUCUGCCUGCUUCCCCGCCGCCGUGUGACCCUGCUGGUUCUGCAGCGCAGCCAACGCCAGGCCCACUCGGAUCCUCCGAGCCAGCACCCGGUGUCGACCAUGGAGGUGGCUAUUGCCCUCAUGGUGCUUUUUACUGCCUUCUUAACCCCCAGUGGGUAUGUCUUGAGCAAUCUGAACCACUUCAGAAGAGACUAGCUGGAAGAAGAUGUA